CUGGAAGUAGAUCAUCCGGACUCCACAAAAUAAUUUCUCCGCUCGAAUGUUUGCCUAGCAUCAGCGACGGCACGGAUGCCUCUAGCAAUUUCCCUCCGCUCCUCUCUCAUCCGCUGGCCCCCUUCCCUCUUGUUUUCCGUAACUCACGGUGCCCGUCGCGCUAACCAACACAUCUACUGCCCUUCUCUUCGGCAUAAUUUCAAACAUCUCAACCCUUCAACCAACUCCUUCCCGCUCUGCACCACUUCCGCUGAUAAACGAUCUAAAAAGGCCCGCCGUGAGACGCCGGAGAACCUCCUCCGCCACCAACUGGAUUUAUGCUCAAAGCACGGUGACGUCUCUGAAGCCCUCCGUCUUUACGACUCCGCCCGCGCCGGUUCCAUCCCGCUUUCCCUCCACCAGUAUAAUGUCUUGCUCUAUCUCUGCUCCCAUCCCUCCGCCACCUCUUCUGACGCUGAACGCGCCCUUGACAUCUUCCGCCAGAUGUCAAUCGAUGGCAUCACCCCUAAUGAGGCAACCUUCACAACCCUCAUCCGUCUUGCCGCGGCCCGCGGCGACCCCGACCUUGCCUUCCAGUUCAUCAAAACCAUGUCCUCCGCCGGCAUCACCCCACGCCUCCGCAGCUACGGCCCUGCCCUCUUUGGCUUCUGCAACAAGGGUGACGUCAAGAAGGCACACCAGCUCGAGUUUCACAUGGUCGAGGCAGAGGUUGCUGCCGAGGAGCUGGAGCUCGCUGCUCUCUUCCGUCUCAAUUCGCAGCUUGGGAGGGGAGAAGAUGUAUAUCGGCUGCUGCACAGGAUGAGGACCGAAUUGAGGAACGUCUCGGAGACGACGGCCGAGUUGAUUGAAGCUUGGUUUCAAACAGAACCGGCAGCAAGAUUUGGGUUUCAGGAGUGGGAUGUGGAUAAGGUCAAUGAAGGGGUUUCCAAAGGAGGGGGAGGGUGGCAUGGACAGGGGUGGUUGGGUAAGGGCCCGUGGAGUGUUGGCAGGAGUGAGAUGGACAAGGAAGGUGUGUGCAGGCGGUGUGGGGAUAGGAUGAUUUGUAUAGAUAUAGAUCCUGUGGAGACUGAGGUGUUUGCAAGGUCUUUGGCCCAACUGGCUAGUAAGAAGGAGGUCAAGGCGGAUUUUGCCGGCUUCCAGCUUGUUGAUGUGAGAUCCAUUUCCGAUUUCUUUCAUUUAGCUUAAUGAGUAAGGCCAUCUCCAACCGAAUGGUAUUCUCCGGUUCACAGUACCUGUGGGGAAACUCGCGGAAACAACAAACAUACAAUAGCCAAAUGACGUUCGAUUUGGUUGGAGAUGCUCUAACAAGACUUUCUUCAUGAUGCAAUAAACAUUCUAAAAUGUCACUGAUCUCAGGAUCAGUAUAGAGGAAGCCUUAUUUUGUUAUCAUUGCUAUGUUUUACCUUCUUGAGAUAUUUCACAAUAAAAAAGGAAAAUUGGUGUUA